AUGUCAUCUAUCCCAUCAAACUACCUAGUCCUGCUUAGUCCGACAAGUCUGACAGGAACCGGCUUGGGACUUUUUGUACUGUGGUACAUCUUGUCCUCCGUGGUGGCCUGGUAUCGACUGCGCCAUAUACCCGGCCCAUUCAUUGCCUCCUUUUCAUACCUCUGGCACAUGAGAAACAUAUUUCUCGGAUGUGCUAGUCCUGAACAUAUAGCGCUCAAGAGGUACGGGUCCCUGGUGCGCACUGGCCCAAACUACGUCGUCACGGACGAUCCAAACAUCCUGCGACGCAUCAACGGGGCGCGAAGUAGCUGGCCGAGGGACUCGUGGUACACGUCCUCGAGGUUCGACCCAAACUAUCACAUGUUGAGCCUCUUGGACACUGCUGCCCACGAUACGAUUAAGGCAAAACUAACCAGUGGGUACUCGGGCCGCGACGUCCAGAUUGAGAAUGGCGUGAACACACAGAUUGAGUUCCUGGUCGAGACCAUCCGGAGCCGCUACCUCUCCACGAGCACCCGCCAUCAGCCCACCGAUCUCGCCCAAGUCAUCCGUUAUUUCACCUUGGACGUGAUCACACACUUGUCCUAUGGCACGUCCUUCGGGUUUCUGGCCGCCGAGCAGGACUUGUACGACUAUACUAAUUCGGUAGACCGUUUUAUAAGGGCAAUAACGUUGUCCGUUGACAUUCCUCUCUUCCGCUGGAUCGCGUAUUCCCCCCUCCUUACUGGAAUUAUGCCCAAGGCGAGUGAUAAGAGCGGCAUGGGCAAGCUUAUAGGCAUUGGCCAGAAAAUUGUCAAUGAAAGGUUCCAGGACAACGAGAAACAUGCGCCAGAUAUGCUAGGGUCGUUCAUGCGGCAUGGUGCUACCCGGGAGGAGUGUGUGUCAGAGACUAUGUUAACCUUGAUUGCGGGCUCAGACACCACUGCUACAGCAAUCCGCUCUACGAUGUUGUACCUUAUAUCGACGCCUCGCGUCUAUAACCGGCUCAAAGCUGAGAUACAAGAGGCUGCGAGCGACAACCGGGUCUCGUCACCUAUAGGCGUGGACGAGGCGAAAAGGCUCCCGUACUUACAGGCUGUGAUUCUAGAGGGCUUUCGCAUGCGGCCGCCGGUUGUCUACGGCCAGUACAAGGCCGCGCCUCCCGGAGGGGAGACGAUCAACGGUGUGUUCAUCCCAGGCGGCACGGCCGUCGGCCAGAACGCUGUGGCAAUGAUGAGGUCCGAGAAGGUCUUCGGCGCGGGCGUUGAUCUCUUCAGGCCGGAGCGUUUCUUGGAGUGUAGCGAGGAGGCGAGGCGCGAGAUGGAGCGGACGGUCGACCUGGUGUUUGGCACCGGCCGUUGGAUGUGUGCUGGCAGGACCGUGGCUUGGGUCGAGUUGAACAAGAUCUUCUUUGAGCUUCUGCGAGCCUUUGACUUCCAGCCCAUAUAUCCGACGAAGCCAGUAGAUGAGGAGUCUUAUGCCUUGUUCACCCAUAAGAAUAUGUGGGUUGCGAUCACAGAAACAGCUUAG